AUGGCGCCAAUCAAGCUUAUCGAAUACUUCAGAGUAAAGCCUCGUUGGCUGUUUGUGAAGAUCACCGAUGAAGAUGGCAAAGUGGGAUGGGGCGAAGGUACACUCGAAGGCCAUACCCUUGCUGUGGAAGGAGCACUGGACGAAAUCAUCGUCCGCUUGGUCGGGCAAGAUGCAAAGUGUGUAUUAAUCAGAGUAACGCAACAGCUCUCUGCUGACACACGAANNAGCCGGAUUGAACAUAUUUGGCAAUUGAUAAGCAAGGACUUAUUUGGAGACUUGNCUCGAAGACUGAACGUCCCACUCUAUGAGUUGCUCGGGGGCAAGGUUCGAGAGAAGUGCCAGGUCUACUGCUGGAUUGGCGGAGAUAGACCAGCCGACAUCGAGAAUGCUGCCAAAGCAAGGAAGGAGCAAGGGCUGACUUGCGUCAAAAUGAAUGCCACGGAAGAUAUCGGUUGGCUUGACGAUGCAGCAGUGUUAGACGCAACAGUCGAACGCCUCAAGAUUGUCAAAGGUCUCGGCCUGAACGCUGGUCUUGAUUUCCAUGGACGACUCCAUCGCCCCAUGGCUAAACAGUUGGCGAAAGCUUUGGAACCAUAUCGACCACUUUUUAUUGAGGCAAGUCAACUGGAACACCCUGAGGCUCUUAAGCAGCUGGCAGCACAAACAAGUAUUCCAAUCGCUCUAGGAGAACGCUUGUACCAUCGUUGGGACGCGAAGCCAUUCUUCGAAGCAGGAUUGAUCGAUAUACUGCAGCCCGACAUUGCUCACGCGGGUGGCAUCUCCGAGACGAAGCGCCUUGCAAAUAUGGCAGAAACAUACGACGUUGCAAUUGCGCCACACUGUCCCUUGGGUCCAAUCGCUUUCGCAGCCUCAUUACAUGUCGGACUCUCCACGCCCAACUUUGUCAUCCUAGAGAUGUCUCUUGGUAUGCACUACAACACCGAGGCGGGCGAUAUUGAUCUCAAUACAUACCUGAAGGACCAGUCAGUGUUCGCCAUCAACGGUGGACAUGUUGCAGCUCCUACUGCACCAGGAUUAGGCAUCGAGGUAGAUGAGGAGAUAAUUCGUAAGAUAUCGGCCGAGACCCAGCCAUGGCAGCCCAAGGAAUUUUUCGGUCCAGAUGGCUCCGUUAGAGAAUGGUAG